ACCGCAGCAGUGGACGCGAGCGGAGGGUGAAGAGAUUCGAUUCCUCCGUCGAUCCGCGCCCGCCGGAGCUCCUCCCCCUCUCGCUCCCCCCGCCGCCGUCCGUCCGUCCCUGCGGAGCGAUGGGCUUCACUUCGGCUCAACGGAUCGCGCUCACCGUCUCCCUGUUUGGCGUCCUCGCGUUUCUGCUCGGCGUCAUCGCGGAGAACAAAAAGCCCCCUUACGGGACACCUAUCAAGGGAAAGGAUGUCGUCAUCUGCAAGUUCCCGAGUGACCCGACCAUUGCAAUGGGGAGCGUGUCCAUUGUGGCGCUCGUGUUAGCUGCCAUCAUCGGGCACGUUUCCAUCUUUUUCCCAUACAAGGGCAAGUCAGUUCCUCGAGGAGCAUUAUUCCAGAGCACCAGCCUGUCGGUGUUCUUCGUCAUCGCGGAGCUGGUGUCAGCUCUGGCUUUUGCGAUGCUGCUCUGGGCAACGAUCACGGAGAGUCACCAUCGCACCAGCAACAUCCACCAUGACAUGGACACCCAGUGCCCUACCGCAAAGACUGGCCUUUUUGGAGGUGCCGCUUUCCUGGCCCUUGACGCUGCUCUGUUCUGGCUUGUUUGCCAGAUGCUGGCCCUCAAUGCAAGGGCUGACUAUCUGGACGAGGACGGCGACAAGGGUGAAUAUGGCCAGGUUUAUGCUGAGGAUGGUGAUGGCUCCAAGGUCUGAGUCAUUAAUCUGCAGGGUUUCAUAAUUAGCAUCGCUUAGAUAUAUCUUAGUUUACAUCAUGUCUUCAACCAAGUCGGUUUAGCUCUCCAAAAAUUGUAGAUAUGAAGUGCCAUUUCCAUAGUCGUAUAUAAGGUUAUUUGCUCGUUCCAGUUUCAAACUGAACUAUAAACUGCGCCCCAGUUUGUCUUCUUUUAUUGAAAGUUAAAGAAUCAUGUUCUCCGCA